GCGGUGACGUCACGGGGUGAGAGGUCACGGCGGCGGCGGCGCCGCGUCCCGGCCCGGUCCCGGUUCCGGCCCGGCCCCGGUCCCGCCCCGCUCAUGGCGGCCCGGCGGCUCCGCGGCGCCCUCCAGCUCGGGGCGCGGCAGCGCCUGCGGGCCGCGGCGGCCCCGCCCGGCAGGCACACGGCCCCGUGCGGCCUCCGGCUCUCCCGGCUGUGCCGGCCGGGCCCUGCGGCCUGGGAGCCCCGAGCCCAGCCCAGCCGGGGCUUCCUCAACCUCACCAACAAGCGCAAGGAGUACUCGGAGCGCCGCAUCAUCGGGUACUCCAUGCAGGAGAUGUACGACGUGGUGGCCAACGUGGAGGACUACAAGAACUUCGUGCCGUGGUGCAAGAAGUCCGUGGUGGUGUCGCGGCGCUCGGGCCACAUCAAGGCACAGCUGGAGGUGGGGUUCCCACCCGUGCUGGAGCGUUACACGUCCAUCGUCACCCUGGUGCGGCCACACCUCGUCAAGGCCGUCUGCACCGACGGGCGCCUCUUCAACCACCUGGAGACCAACUGGCGCUUCAGCCCCGGCAUCCCCGGCUACCCCCGCACCAGCACCGUGGAUUUCUCGAUCUCCUUCGAGUUCCGCUCCCUGCUGCACUCCCAGCUGGCCACCGUGUUCUUCGAUGAGGUGGUCAAGCAGAUGGUGGCCGCCUUCGAGCGCCGCGCGGCCAAGAACUUCGGGCCCGAGACCCGGAUCCCCCGGGAGCUCAUGUUCCACGAGGUCCACCAGACGUGAGGGCGGCCGGGCCGGGCACCCCCGGCCUGUGCCGAGCCCACCCCCCCAAAAUAUUUAUUCGAGUGCGUCUCCGCUGCUGUUGCCUCAACGCCCCCCGGGGCUGCCCCGUGAGCCCCCCUGGAGCUGCGUCCCGGCGCUGGACUCCCUGGUUUUCUAGCUGAUUUGGGGUUUUAACUUUUGUUUUUGUUGUUGUUUUUCGAUUGAGUUUUUCUUUUUCUUUUCUUUUUUUUUUUUUUUUAACCCUUUUUUUUUGUUUUGUUUUAUUUUUAAAUUUUUUGGUUCUUUUUAAACUCCUCGGCCAGGCCGGAGGGUCCCGGCGGGGGCAGCUCCGGUGCCUGGGCCCCGCCGUGCUCCGGGAGAGCGGGAAGAACGGGGAGGGGGGGGAAGAUGAUGGGACCCCCCCCCCCCCCCAUUUCCUCCCCAGCUCUUCCAGGAACAAAAGGGAAGGAGCCGGCGCAGGGAGGAGCCCCCCGAGCCCCCCCUGAUGUCGUCGCACACUUUGCACAAGCCACACGCACAGGGUGGGGAGGGGGCGGCUCCCGCUGCCCCCCCCCCGCCGCCCCCCACCCCCAGCACCCUCCGCAGGGACCGCCACGGUCCCCACCCACCCCAGAGCCCCCCCAGCCCCUCACCUGUGGGGGGGGCGCAGGGGGGUGAGGGGCUCCCUGAGCCCCCCGAGCCUGCCCUGCCCCAGGAAGGAAGGAAGGAAGGAAGGACAGGCCAAUAAAGAGCAUUUUCCAAGGGUCA